GCAUAGUGGUUUGUAAUGACUGCCCCUUGUAAGGAGUACCUUUGUUUGCCUUCUAUUUGACUAAUGCUACUCUCUUUCUCCAUCAGAGUCUUGCCCAUACGAGACUCUUUUCUACAAAACUAACCUUGCUUGGAAUCAUUCCAGCAAUAACCGUACUCUGCCAUGUUCAAGGCUCUGCUGUGUUCUGCGGCUCUGCUGCACCUUGUUCUCUUUGAAAGGUGUGCUGUGCAUGCUGGAGCUCUCUGUCUUGGGGCUACAUGGACGUGUCUUCGAAGCCCCCAUUAAACAAGAACUAGAAGAAAAAGACCAUCUUACGGCAUCCCAACUGCAGCAUUUCCUAGAAGUUGAACCUGCCAGCGCUAUCAUAGAAAAUGACAUGCCAGAACGCAUGGAAUGUGCAAGUGGAGCAACAAUACGGAAAAGAAGGGGGUCUUUCCUGGAGGACCCAAAUUCUGGAAGAGGUUGCCAACUUGGGUUAUCGUUUCUGCAGCGAUGAAGUUAACAAGGCCCAGCAUGGCCGGUACAGCAUGGCAGAACCUACUAUAUUUGAUGCCAUUAUCAGUCGCUCCAUUCCUGCCAACAUCAUCUAUGAGGAUGACCUAAGUCUGGCUUUCAGGGACAUCAACCCUCAGGCUCCUGUUCAUUUUCUUGUUAUUCCCAAGAGAAGAAUUCUUAUGUUAGAAAAAGCAGAAGCUUCAGAUAAAGAGUUGCUGGGCCACUUGCUGCUAGUAGCCAAGAAAGUGGCAGACCAGGAGAAACUACAGGAUGGAUACAGAGUAGUGAUUAACAACGGUCCAAAUGGAGCCCAGAGUGUGUACCACAUCCACGUCCACGUGCUGGGAGGUCGUCAGAUGGGGUGGCCCCCUGGCUAGUGAUGCUGGUAUCCUCCUGCCGAGUCCUGCCACACAUAGUCUUUGCUUAAUUUCUGAUUUCAAUAAAUUGUUUACUUUGAAACGCACCAUAUGCUUGAGAUCAAAGGAUUACAAAGAUAUCAUAACUUUAAAGCUAAUAUAUUGCUGUUAUUGAUUAGGAAAAAUUACUAUGAAAUAAUGAAGAUUCUAUCAAACGAGAGCUUUCAAGUAAAUGCAUGUACAUUUUAUGAUCUAAAUAAAAUGGACGCUGCUGUUUGAUGAGUAAAUAAGAAAUCUAUUAUAUUUAUUAACUGAAACAAUUAUUUAAAUUUGUCAAAUUUAUGGUAGGGAAACGUAUUUUCCCUAAAGUGUUUAAUUUGAUUGUCUUAUUUUCAGCAAACCAUUGAGUUGCAGUGAGAAUUACAAGCAGUGAAAGAUUGAAGAGGUUUACAAAUGUAACCCUACGGUAUUUAACCCUACUUUGUGCAAUUCAAUGUGCAGGCUAUGUAUGUUAAUAAACUUAGGUCUUUAUAAUAUUAUGAUGUACCACUGAGCAAAUGAUGUUGUCGUAUUUAAUAAGUUGUAUCUUUUAUGAAAUUGUUAUUCAUGGUCAUAGCAUGUUAUCUUCAAUGUUUCUUAGAAUAUUUCUGUGCGUUUUUGUUUCUUGGGAAGAAAACUGCUGUUAUGUCUUCUUGAUUGUUUCUAUGUAGGGAAACCAUCUUCAAUUCACAUGUUACCGUUGAAAUGCAUUUAAAUGGGCU